CCAAAAUUUACCAACCGGAGCCCUGAACUCCAUUUCCGGUUGGUCCAAAACUUUGACCGGUGACUGGAUAUAGUCACAAACUUCCGGGUCGUAAAACCCUCCUAGUCCCCUGUAAGCGCUCCGUCUCUUCUAAACUCAAAACCAAGAAAACCCAAAAAUUUAACUCUGAUGCCGGAAACUGCCUUCCUCUGCCGUGUUCUCCGCUUCCCUUCGGCACUGACAAUCUCCAAUCGGUACUCUGUCUCAGCUGCCGGCAUACUUCGGUGUCACUACCUUAGUAAUCACACCCAAACCUCACUAAAAGACCAAAACUAUAAAAUUGAUGACAAAAAGAAAGGCAAAUGGUUCACUUUACCUCCUUACACUUCGACAAUCAGCGGAUCCGCCUUGGGAAAAGCGUUAUCUGUCAGCAUUUCGGAGAAACUGGCCAAUGAAACAACGGCGCUCAAGUGGGUUCUUCGAUGCUGUCCGGAACUCCCUAGAAGCCUCGUACAGAAACUAUUUCGGUUGAGACAGGUUCGAAGGGAGUCUUCUAAUCUGCGUGAUCAAGCAGAGGAACAGAAAGUUAAAAGGGUGGCAGCUAAGGACUUGAUGAGCAUAGGGGAUAGAAUAUUUCUUCCUAUUACUGUCCAAGCAUUGCCUUCUGAGAAACAACAGAACGUUUAUAAUCAAGAAGCAGUUAACUUUAUUCGUAGCCUUGAGUUGUAUAAGGAUGAUAUCAUCAUAGUUGUCAACAAACCUCCUGGAAUUCCUGUUCAGGGUGGCAUUGGCAUCAAAAGAAGUUUAGAUGAACUGGCUGCAAGUUGUUUAUCUUAUGACUACUCAGAACCGCCUAGGCUGGUUCAUAGACUUGAUAGAGAUAGUAGUGGCAUCCUGGUGAUGGGAAGGACACAAACAAGUACAACAGUUCUGCAUUCUGUCUUCCGGGAGAAAACAUUUGCAGCAUCAAAUGAUGAUAUUGGUGACAGAAGAAGAAUCCUGCAAAGAAAGUAUUGGGCACUUGUUAUUGGAUCGCCAAGAUGCCAAAAGGGUUUGAUUUCUGCACCACUGGGAAAGGUGUUGGUGGACAAUGGAAAAUCUGAUCGAAUAACAGUGAUUGAGAACGUACAUAACACAUCUUCUCAGCAUGCUGUAACACAUUAUAGAGUACUUGAAUCUUUUCAAGACUACACAUGGUUGGAGCUGUCACCUCUCACUGGGAGAAAGCAUCAGUUGCGUGUACACUGUGCUGAAGUAUUGGGUACUCCUAUAGUAGGAGACUAUAAAUAUGGGUGGCAAGCUCAUAGGAAGUGGAAACAUUUGCAUUGGUCUGAUCUUGAAAAAACCUUGCAUGAUAAAGUGCCCUGCGAAAAAAUGCUUCCUUUGGGAAUUGAUUUUGAAAGUGGAAGCAUAUCCGAAAAGCAACCCCGGCUUCAUCUUCAUUGCAAGCAAAUGGUUUUACCCAACGUGUCUCAAGCUUUGCAAGAUGCAAAAAUAUCGCCAGAUUAUAAUUUUUCUGAUAUGGAAACCAUUGAGUUGGAUGCUCCCUUGCCUUCCUACAUGCAAAGAAGCUGGGAUAUUUUGAGUUCCUUGGCAAACUAGUAUCUUUCAGGCUUUGGAUUUGUAACUUCCGUGAAUACUAAAUUUUGAUGAAGGAGAGAGAUAAAGGGCUAAAAGGUGACAUAGUGCUCUAACAAUUAUUAUUAUCUUUGCAAGUUUUACUAAUGGUUGAACAUUUUGAUUAAUGUUUCUCUAACAGCGAUAGGCAAUUUUCUGUCUCACUUCCCCUGUUUCUGCUUUCUGCUGAAAGCAGAUUUUGAAGGGAUAUGGAACAAGUGGAUAAGAGUAUUAAACAAGAGCUGUAAUGCCUGAAACAGUUUGGAUUUGGAGCGUAUGAAGCCAUUGCGACAGCCAGGUACUGCAUUCAUAUUCAGAAAAGAGAGUCGGAUCUGGUUUCUCUGAUAGAUUCAAAAGUUACAACACAUUUCACAUUUGGCUUAUGCAGUCAUUGCCAAGUGAGAUAAAUAUAUUAAUAGAGUUGCUUGCUCACAGUUUAAGCAAGAGCAGCUUCUGGGUUGGGUUUUGAUGGACGUUGCCUGCUAUGGAGUACUGUCUGUGUUAAUCUGAUCAUCCUUGUACAAAAUUAUUAUUUGUUGCAAGUUACGAGGAGGGAUUCCAAUUUUAAUCUACGUGUCUUAUAUGCAUUUACAGUAAGACUA